GUGUCCUUAGUAUCACUCGGGGUGCACUCGAGCUCAAAUGAUGCAAAAAUUGGAAAGCGCGAAGAGCGCGUCGUGUCUCGCGACAACGGUUCACGACUACGAGGUGAACGUGAAUUUAAGCAUUCAGUGGACCCGCUGGAUUUUGAAGCCGAUCGGCGUCUGGCCGAACGCCACCGACGCCUCCUUAGCAAAGAAAUACUUUUCUCGCUUGAUAAACGCCAUUUGCUACAGCCUCAUCUUUUUCCUCUUGGUCCCAUGCAGUCUUUACUUGGUCCUCGAGGUGAAGGACGUUUACAACAGAAUCAAAUUAUUCGGCCCGUUGAGCUUCUGCGUGAUGGCGUUCCUGAAGUAUCACCUUUUGAUCCUUCACGAGGGUGACAUUCUCGAGUGCGUGAAACGCAUCGAAUGGGACUGGAAGAACAUCACGUACAUUCAGGACAGAGAGCUCAUGAUAACGUACGCGAAUUUCGGUAGAAAGCUAGUCGUUAUAUGCGCGUUCUUCAUGUACAGUGGUUUUGCCUUUUAUUACGUCGCCAUACCUAUCAGCGUCGGGAGAAUCAUCGCGGAGGAUGCCAACGUGACGUUCAUCCCCGCGGUGUUCCCCUUCUCGAGAUUCAUCGUUGAUACUCGAUACAGUCCCGUGAACGAGAUCGUGUUUUCCCUUCAAUUGAUGGCCGGCUGUCUGAUGCACAGCAUAACGUCGGCGGCUUGCAGUUUGGCUGCCGUGUUCGCCGUGCACACUUGCGGCCAGAUGGAGGUGUUGAUGAGCUGGCUGAAACACUUGAUCGACGGCCGAUCGGACAUGUACAGCAGCGUCGACAGCAGGAUCGCCAGCGUCGUGAGACAACACGUUCGUAUAUUGAAGUUUCUAGCGCUUACAGAGAAGACGCUACAACAGGUGUCUUUCGUAGAAUUCUUAGGUUGCAUGUUGAACAUCUGCCUUCUUGGUUACUACGUUAUUAUGGAAUGGAGUUCGAGUCAUUUAACCAGCGCUAUAACAUUCUUUAUAUUACUGAUAUCACUGACGUUCAACAUCUUCAUAUUUUGUUACAUAGGCGAGCUGGUAGCGGAACAGUGUAAAAAAAUUGGUGAAACAUCGUACAUGGUCGACUGGUAUCGAUUAACAGGGAGCAAGAAGCUCUGUUUCGUACUAAUAAUCUCAAUGGCCAAUUCGUCGAUUAAACUGACAGCUGGAAAUAUGGUUGAACUCUGCCUAACCACCUUCAGCGACAUUGUGAAAACAGCGGUCGCAUUUUUGAACGUCUUGCGAACGCUGACAUGAACGUCCCUUACAGUAAAAUAUAGUUUAAACAUUCCC